UUCGUCCAAGUUUGUCGUGUACGCCGUGAGUGCCCCCCGGGAAGAGAUAUGGGUUUUUUAAUUCGGUUUCACCGUGUUUUCCUUCCCAUCAAACGCAGGACCAAACGUUCCGUUUGCAUUUUUACACUAUGGUGCCGGGACAACAGCUAUCGGCGAAUUUCCUGGGCUGUUACCAAGCGCACACGGCCGAGGUAAGAGGUAUCGUCAUAUUCGAAGACACCGCUAGCAUCAUGGUGUACAGCGUAGGCGCCGAUCACAGGAUAGUGGUGUUCAAGUUUGACAAAAAGAAAAACGAACGUAUGGAAUUUGUGAAAUCCAUUUCAACCGAAACUUGGAACGAACCUCAAUGCAUCAUGAGGUCAACGUUCAGAGAACAAGUGACCUUUAUAAUCAGCGGCAAAGACUUGCGCUUAUACGAGUGGGACGAAAACAGAUGCAUCAAAACUACAAACGGCGUCCAAUUGAAAACACCUUUACGGAUCUUAAAAGAGUCGGUGAAAUGCAACAAGGUGGUAUUCUUUUGCAACGACAAGAGCAUCGGUAUGUUGCGUCAACCCAUCGACGGAAACCCUUAUGCGAGCGUCGCUAUAACCGGUUCCUCGACAAAACUGCUCGAUUUAGACGUUUGCCCCAGGAGCAACUACUUGUUUACCAUUAGCGAAAACAGUUCUUCGGGAUUAAUGUGGUCCGUCAACUCCAAUUACCUGCGAAAACUGGAGAGAUUCGGCGGCGCCGGCUUGACCGCGUACAGCCCGUUGCUCGAGGGCGGCAUAAACGGGCCAGAAAUGACGCGUCUCAAAGAGAACUUCUACUGUGUUCAAUUGGUGACCAGUUCCAAGCCCGAGGUGGACACGGUGCUGACGGAGUUCAUCGACGUUUGCGACGUUUCAUUGCUGAUGAGGGCCAUGGGUUUCUAUCCGUCCGAAUCAGAAGUAACCGUCGUCGUCGUCCUCCUCUCGACUACGGUCAAUAACGAUAACAAUAAACACACUACGAACACAACGCGCUUGCAGGUGGAAAACAUGACUCACGAAAUGCUCAUAAGGGACGACGCCAAAUUGGGUCAUCCCAGCACCGCGAUGACGUUCGACGAGUUGGUCGUGUUGUACGUGAACCACAAGUCCCAGGUGGACCUGCGAAUCGACGAUGUUGAAAAGUCAUUCAAUUACACGGUGUGCAGCGAUCCGGUCAACAGCUGUUACGACGGCACGAGGGUGUUGACGAGAGAGUCGUUUGUAGACAUGAUGAUCAACAGAGGCGAGAAAAUUGACUUUCGCGAGAUGGAAAUUCUUUUGCAUAUAUUGUCGAAAACCACAGAAGACAUAUCGCCGAGAGGCAAUCAACAACAGUCCAUCUACUCGAUUCACAGCAUUUUACCUUUUGCAUUCACUUUUCAAGAAUUCAUGAAAAAUUUACUGGGAUUUAAAAACAUUGAACAACACCAUGAUAAAAAUGAACAUCAUCGGCAAGCUCAUAAGAAAUGACGUACCCACAUACAGAUUGAAUGAUAUAAUAGUUAAAUUAAAAAAAAAAAAAAAAACGUAUCUUCUUAAACGUUCCAAGUACUUAUUCGACAAUAUCAAAAACUAACUUGGAACCAUAUUUAAUAAUCAAGUACCAAAUACAACAGAUUGUUUCAUUUGAAAAUUAUAAAUUGUUUGAAUUUACAAAAUGCAGUUUUCUUUUACACUAAAACUAGCGCAAUAAUUAUCGGGUCGGACGUAUAAUUGUUAAGAACAGCUGGAAAAUUGUAUCACAGUAGAGAUAAAACUCUCAAAUGAACGACGUAAAGUAGGAAAAAAAAACAAGGUUAAUUUUCUUUUGUACAUUAUCGUUAAUUAUACGUU